AUGACAACAGCCAUAGAUCCUGACUUUCCCUGCGCGUUGACCAUCGACGUGCCAUUCCCCACACCCCGACUGGCUUCAACUGCUCUGCAGGCUCUCCAAGUCGAUAAGGAACUAUCUGCCCUCGUAUCCCGCACCUUCACCCUCGUCCCCUCGCAAGACACUGCCGAUGCAAAUUCAGAUGUGCAAGUUCUCCGGACACACUACAAAGCUACUACGAAUAGGAUGCUACGUGUUGCUGUCAACUCCUUCAUGGAAAGCCUGAGCCUCAUUAUAGAAGUCAUGGCCGAGUUGGACGAAGAUGUCUUGGCCGCGAGAGCGCAGGAUGAGCCGGCCCAGUGA